GACGCAUCGCCCAUCACCAUGGUGCAGCGCGUCUACCUGGGGAACCUUGACCCGAGCAUCUCCAAGGAGGAGAUCACGGACGAGGUGGGUCGCUUCGGCAAGCUCGUCGACGUCUGGGUCGCGCGCAACCCGCCCGGCUUUGCGUUCAUCACCUUUGAGGACGACCGCGAUGCGCAAGACAUGAUGAACGACCUCUCGGGCGGGAACGGCCGGCUCGGCCGCGUCAAGAUUGAGAUGGCGCGCAACCAGGGCGGGCGGCAGGCGGGGCCCUCGGGGGGGCGGGAGGGCGGCUACGCCGUCGGGAGCGCCGCCGCAUCCUUUGGCGCCUCGGGCAGCGACGGUCGGCCGCCGCUGUCGCGCCUCGCUCGAACCUGCGUCGCACUCGCUCGCACCUUCGCGCGCUCUCGCCCCCCCCCGCGCCGAAGGUCUCUCGCUUCUCCCCACUCCCCGCAUGCUGCCUCUCCCCCUCCCGGCACCCCCGUGCGCUGCUCCCCCCCCCCUAGGGGCCGGCGAUCUCCGAUCUCGGCCCAGCCUCGGCGGACUCUCGUCGGCCCUUCCGGGGCACUGCGCACCGCUCUCGCCUCGUCUCUCCGCGCGCCGCGCUCCUGCCGUCGCGCCGCCGCGUGCCUCGCCGCCCCCGCCGUCGAGGCGUCCGUCGCUCGUCUAGUCCGCGUCUCUCGUCUCGUGAGCUCUCGUCUCCGCGCCACCGCGACGGCUCUCGCGCACGGCGCAGCGGCCAGCGCUGCGCCGCUGAGAGGGCGGCGCCCCGUUAGACGCGUUACUGUAUUCGCGUGGGCCCUGGCCUGUGAGUGAGUAAAGGAUGC